AGGAAAUAUCACAAGUAUUAAGUUAUAUCUGAAGUUCAAGACAAUACAUUUCUCAAAUCAAACCAGGCCACAACUUUUCUGCUUCAUUAUUAUUUAAGCGUUAUUGUUGCAGUGCGUAUUUUAUCCUCUGAAUAUACCUAACCAUGUAGAUGGACUGCAUUUAUUUAGUGCUUUUCUAAUCAGUGACUACUCAAAGCGCUUUACAAUAUUGCCUAACAUUCAUUCCCACACCGACGGCGGAAUCAACCAUGCAAGACGACAGCCAGCUCGUCUGGAGCAGUCGGGGUGCAGUCAGGGUCAGGCUUCUGGGACACCUUGACUCUCAGCUAGGAGGAGACGGGCAUCAAACUAGAAACCUUCCCUUUAACAGCCAACCCAGUCUACCUCCUGAGCUAAAUGCCUGUUGCAUGCCUAAACACAUGAAUGUUGUUUUCGGGGCUUGGCUUCGAAAUCGAAAGUGAAAGAAUGGCUCAAGAAUAGUUCAACUCCAUUUUGUGUUGAGGAGCAGGCAACACAACACUGGACCGAGCCAAGCUUAAGGGACACGCCAUGAAACCCAAGUACAAAGGCUUGAGAAACCAGGGCUCCACCUGCUACCUGAACAGCGUGCUUCAAGUGCUCUUCAUGACCAAAGAAUUCAGAGACGCUGUCCAAAGUGAAAGCUCCCAUACCUCCUACAUCGAUGCUGAUCUCAAAGAUCUCUUCCUUCAGCUGAAGACCAGUUCUCCCACUACGGAAUACAUCAUCUGCAAACUUGGGAUAGAAAAUGUAAUGAAGCAGCAAGAUGCGGCCCAGUAUUUUGAGAAGAUUCUAAGUCUGGCGAGUCCUGAGGCCUCACAGGUUUUCCAUGGAAGGUUAAUUCACCGCACGUCAUGCUUGUGUGGCGAAAGCACUGAUGAACACAAUUCAUUUUGGACCCUUAAUCUCCCGAUUAACAAUACCCACAAUGGAGUUUAUAACGUGGAAGACGGGUUGAAACAAUUUUUCAGCCAAUCAAAGUUAACCGGAGAAAACCAAGUGUACUGUGAUGAGUGCAAGGCCAAAGCAGACACCACGACUGAAUGUGAAGUAGGACUCUAUCCUAAGGUUCUUGUGCUGCUGCUCAAGAGAUUUGAGUUCAGCUACUACGAAAUGGACUACGUGAAAAACAACUGCCCUGUGGAUGUUCCUUUGAACAUUGAUAUUCCAAAGGGCGUGAGCUAUGAGCUCUAUGCCACCGUGGACCAUGUGGGGGACCUGAGGGGGGGCCACUACACAGCCACCAUCCAGCCUGCAGACGACGGGGGCUGCUGGUACGACUUCAACGACUCAUGGGUUACACCGAAAAACAACUUUAAUCCAAUAAAGAGCCAGAACGGCUAUCUCCUUUUUUACAGAAAGAGAGAAAGACAAAUUAGUGAUUCACCUCAGGAGCACCCCAACGGGUCGUCUGUGGACCCAGUCGAGUCGGAGCCCAAUCAGAACAACGCUGACAACGGCUACGCUGACCACGACAGUGAUGACAGCUUCCACCCUCCACCCUCCCCCUCUGGGCCAUUGGAUGGACAGCCGGGGUGGGCGGGGAGGUGUGAUGUCACGAGAGGUGAUGAGGUCACAAAGGGGGUUGUUCUCACUGAGUGUGGUGAUGUCACCAGAGCUGAUGAUGUCACGGUGGGGGUUGAUGUCACUAAGUAUGGUGAGGUCACUGAGGUGGGGUCUCGCGAACCAGCUGAUCACCCUGUCCCACAGGAAGCAAGCGGCUUGGAGGGGGGUGAUGUCACUGAGUGUGGUGAGGUCACAGGAGGUGUUGAGGUCGUUGGGGGGGACCCUCAACCUACGGAGAGUGAGAGGGUAGACGGCGAGCGCAAGACAACCGAUGUAGUGGUUCCGACCAAUGAGAAGGAGUCUCGCGAACCAGGUGAUCACUCUGUCCCACAGGAAGCCAGCGGCAACGCCACAAUAGUCAGCAGUCCGGAGGUCGUUGUUAACGAGGGGUGGGGGGGCCGGAGGGAAAGUACAGAUCAUUUGGAAGACCCUGGGGAGGGGGAGACGGAGGGCGGAGUAAUACAGAAGACUGACGAUGGCAACGCUGACCACGAUAGUGAUGGUGAUGACCACCACACUACACCCUCCUCCUCUGGGCCAAUGGUUAAACAGCCGGCGUCGGCGGGGAGCAGUGAUGUCACGGGAGGUGAUGAUGUCAUGGAGUGUGGGGAUGUCGGGGCAGGUGAUGUGGUCGGGGCGGGGGACCCUCUACGAAGGGAGAGUGAGAGGUUAGACCGUAAGGGUGGUGAGCGCAUGACAACAGGUGUAGAGGUUCCGACCAAUGAGAAGGAGUCUCGUGAACCAGGUGAUCAGGCUGUCCAACAGGAAGCCAGCGGCACCGGCCCAAUGGUCAGCGGUCCAGAGGGCGGGGUUAACGAGAGGAGGAGGGGCCUGAGGGAAAGUAUGGAUCUUUUGGAAGUCCGUGAGGAGGGGGAGACGGAGGGCAGAGUAAUACAGAAGAAACGUAGAAAAGUCUUUGACAUUCCAAACUGUUUCUCCGGAUUGUGUUUGAGCUCUAGGCCGAGAUUGGCAAAGCGUAAACUGGGAAAUGAGGUUGACAUGGUCGAAGAUAAAAAAUCUAUUAAAAAGAGACGAAAGAAUAAUAGCUUAAUGUGUUACAAUAAGCAGACCUCGGAUACAGAAUAAAAGCCAGUUGAACUAGGCUUUUAAACAUUCCGGUUUUGCAUUGAACAUGUAUUUGAACGUUGUGCCAGGUUGUAGGAUUCAAAGCUGAAUUGUGCCUUGGUUAGUGAAGUUAAGCUGUA